AUUUUUAUUUCGAGCGCAACGCUUCGUCUAGGAAUUGAAUUACCUGCUGGCAAAGUUGUGAAUUUUUCCUGUCGUGGCAGCAGCUAUACUACAUAAUUAUCCUUGAUUUUUUUGUUGUAAAUUUUUUUUUGUUGUCGCGCUACGAUAAUCGAAAUCCAACUAACGAUUAUGGCCGAAGGCGUUAUAAGGACUUUUAUACGAGAUUUUUUUGCGAUAAAAUACAAUCCCAAAACACAUGAUCCCGAAUCAGUGCGAAUUGAUGGCGGCGGACGUUGUUACCCCAAUUGCGCCUCAGAUGUCUGGCUGCGUUCGUGUGAAGAAGAGAUUGUGGAACCCAUCGAAGGCCACAUUAGCGGUCACAUACCCACAUGGUUGAAUGGCAGUUUGCUGCGCAAUGGUCCUGGAAAUUGGAAGGUGGGCGAAAUGACAUUCCAACAUUUGUUCGAUUGCUCAGCUUUGGUGCACCGCUUUGCUAUAAAAAAUGGGCGGGUCACAUAUCAGAAUCGUUUUGUUCAGACUGAAACAUUGAAGAAGAAUCGAGCUGCGCAGCGGAUAGUUGUGACAGAAUUUGGUACAGCGUCGGUACCGGAUCCAUGUCACUCGAUAUUCGAUAGAGUAUCUGCAAUAUUUCGACCUGACAGCGGUUCCGACAACUCCAUGAUAUCCAUUUAUCCAUUCGGCGAUGAGUACUAUACAUUUGCAGAAACGCCCAUGAUACACAGAAUCAAUCCGCGCACACUCGCCACCGAGGGCCGCAUCUGCGUGACUGAUUUUGCGGGUGUCGUAAAUCACACCUCACAUCCGCAUGUGCUGCCCAAUGGCACGGUGUAUAAUCUCGGCAUGGCCGCCACCAAAUCAGGACCUGCCUAUAAUAUUAUUUGCUUUCCAAAUGGAGAGCAAAUGUUUGAGGAUGCUCAUAUCGUGGGUGCGAUUUCUUGUCNGCAUAAAAUGUUGCCAACAAAUUCUCAUUUCACAGGCAUUACGGAGCAUUACUUUGUUAUCGUUGAGCAGCCACUGUCCGUUUCGUUGACGGAAUUCGUCAAAGCCACUGUAUCCAAUGAGCAACUUGCCUCGUGUCUCAAAUGGUUCGAGGAUAAGCCAACGUUGUUCCAUUUAAUGGAUCGCAAAAGUGGUAAAGUACGCUACACUUUUCAAUCGGAAGCUUUCUUCUAUCUACACAUCAUCAAUCAGUAUGAGGAAGACAACCACGUAGUGAUCGACAUAUGCUGCUAUAAGGAUCCCGAAAUGAUCAAUUGCAUGUACUUAGAGUCCAUUGUGAAUAUGCAAUCGAAUCCGAACUAUGCGUCACAUUUUCGUGGACGCCCAUUGCGGUUUGUGCUGCCCUUGGGCGCUGAGAAUGCCGCUGUGACGGUGUUCAAAGAGCGGCCAACCAAUCAGCGGCGUGUGGCGAAAUCUUUCUCGCUUUCGGGCAUAAGUACGCGCCUGCAGCCGCCACCGAAGAUGAAGCACUCCGAGUCGAAUUACGAGGAUGUAACAAAAAUGGCUCUGAAAAAACUGGAGGAAGAGGAGAUGCUAGAGUACAGCGUUGGUGCUGACGAAAGAGAGCAGGCGAAAGAGAGAGUCGACGGUGAAACAAUGAUCAAUUUAGUCACAUUAGAGUAUAGCACGGCAGAGGCGUAUCAGCUGAGUAAUCGAAGCAUACUUGUGCGACCAGAGUUGCUUUGCGAUUGGGGUUGCGAGACACCGCGUUUCCACUACGACAAGUUUUUGGGUAAAAAAUACCGCUACUUUUAUGCAAUUAGUUCAGAUGUGGAUGCUGAAAAUCCAGGAACUCUCGUCAAAGUCGAUGUGGAAACGAAAACCAUAGAAAAGUGGUGCGAACCGAAUUGUUACCCCAGCGAGCCGGUAUUUGUGGCCGCGCCAAAUGGCCAAGACGAAGAUGAUGGUGUGGUGUUGGCCUCUAUCGUUUGGGGUGGCUUGAAUGAGAACUCCGUGGGACUGCUGGUGUUGUGCGCCAAAACAUGGACUGAGCUGGGACGCUGCGAAUUUCAUACCAGUGGGCCAGUGCCAAAAUGCCUGCACGGCUGGUUUGCGCCCGGUGUGGUGUAAAUUACCCAAACAAUGAAAGUUAUUCACAAUGGCAUUCCGUUUAAGUGAAAUUAUUAGGGUUUUUAUUAAAUCAACUGGCGUCUUAAUUAUCUAUGUAGUUAUAAAUAAAAUACUGCUUUGAUAAAUAUAACUUA